AGUUAAAAGGUAUCCAUUCCAUUGUUGUCAUUAUCUCACAAGUCACAAUUUCUGUCUCGCUGUAGCAGUGUCUGCACGGACUCAGAUAACUUAUAAACUAAUUCUUUUUCCUCUUUUAGAAACACUCUUCUGUUUUAGUAUCUAAUAAAACACAAUGGCUACACCAGGUAAAGGAUAUAACUACGUUAACCUGGACGACCUCGUUCGCCAGAACUACACCGCAGAGUCUGAGGCAGGCGUCAACAAGCAGAUCAACAUGGAGCUGUCAGCUAUGUACACCUAUCUCUCCAUGUCUUAUUAUUUUGACAGGGCUGAUGUAGCUCUUCCCAACUUUGCAGCUUACUUCAAGAAGGCAGCUCAUGAGGAGUUUGAACAUGCUGAGAAGUUCAUGGAGUUCCAGAACAAGAGAGGUGGUAAGAUCAUCCUCUCUGAUAUCAAGAAGCCAGAGAAAGAUGAGUGGGGAGUUGGUAUUGAUGCUAUGCUCACAGCGCUAGCCCUGGAGCGUAAAGUAAACCAAUCUCUGCUUGAUCUUCACGCCAUUUCAGACAAAGGGAAUGACUACCAUAUGUCCGAUUUCAUCGAGGGCAACUUCCUUCAUGAGCAGGUUGAUGCCAUCAAGGAGCUGACUGGACACAUCACUAAUCUGAAACGUGUUGGUGAGACUGGUCUUGGUGAAUACCAGUUUGAUAAGGAGUCUCUCUCAUCUUGAGAAAAGUGGCUUUUAAUGUUUGAACUUUAGGUUGAACUAUGCUAUUAGGCCUUUUGUAUCAUUAAUUAUUUACUAUCUUUUAAUGUUUACUUUUAAGUUGUAAUUGUGACUUGACCAAAAA